AUGGCUGUCACACCCCCGGCCUAUUCCCACGAUGCUGAGAAGGACUCCAAAACUACGCCUGCCAGCUUGACCAAUGAGGAUCACCUUGGACAGCAGAAUGUCUUUGGCGAUGAGACGCAUCGAAGGCUCAAGAGCCGCCAUAUUCAAUUGAUUGGCAUUGGAGGCACUAUCGGCACCGUUCUAUUUGUUCAAAUCGGCAAAGGCCUCAUGCAGGGCGGUCCUGGCAGUCUUUUCAUCGCAUUCUCCUUCUGGUGUCUCAUCGUGCUCACAAUCACAAUGUGCAUAGCCGAAAUGGUUUCAUACACGCCAAUCUCAUCCCCAUUCGUCCGGUUCGCUGGUACCUACGUCGACGAGGCCUUAGGUUUCGCCGCAGGAUGGAAUUUCUUCAUCUUUGAAGCUGCCCUUGUGCCUUUCGAGGUAACGGCUUGCCAUUUUAUUCUCCAGUUUUGGACUGAUGCCAUUCCUGUCGGUGCAACGAUCGCUGUAAUCAUCGUUCUCUAUGCGCUUAUCAACUUCAUGGCGAUCCAGUAUUUCGGAGAAACUGAGUUCUGGGCUGCUAUUGGAAAAGUCAUCUUGAUCGUCGGACUCAUCAUCUUUACUUUCAUUGUCAUGGUUGGCGGUAAUCCUCAACGUGAUGCGUUCGGGUUUACUUAUUGGAAGAGUCCCGGCGCCUUUGCUGAGCUGUACUAUGAGGGUGCCUUAGGUAAAUUCGUUGGCUUCAUGGGUUGUCUUAUCCAGGCAGCUUUCUCCAUUGCAGGCCCAGACUAUGUCGCAAUGGCAGCUGGAGAAGCAGAAAACCCUCGCAAGACUCUUCCCCGGGCUUUCAAGACGGUCUUUUACCGCCUGACGUUUUUCUUCGUGCUUGGAUCCCUCUGUGUAGGCAUUCUCGUGCCUUAUGAUGACCCCAAUAUGAUCGCGGCUUUCCGAGAUGGCAAAGCCGGAGCUGCUGCCUCACCAUACGUCAUUGCCAUGGAUCGCCUCGGUAUCCGUGUUCUGCCUCACAUUGUCAACGCGAUGAUUCUAGUCUCAGCAUUUUCCGCAGGAAACUCUUAUGUCUUCUGUGCUACGAGAUCCCUGUACGGCCUCGCGCUCGAAGGUAAAGCACCGCGAUUUUUGAGGACUUGCACUAAGACAGGUGUUCCUAUCUACUGUGUUGUCGUUGUCCUAGCCAUCGCCCUUCUCUCCUUUCUUCAGCUGUCGAAUAGCUCUGCUGUUGUGUUGAGCUGGUUCGUGUCAUUGGUAACUGCAUCGCAGCUGAUCAACUUUUCUGUGAUUUGCUACACGUAUAUCCGUUUCCAUCGUGCUAUGAAGGCGCAGGGCUUUGACCGUUCUGUGCUUCCUUAUCGCGCGUGGUUCAUGCCCCAUGCUGCGUAUAUUGGAAUGGUUGCAACGUUCAUCAUGGUGUUCGUCGGAGGCUACACGGUGUUCUUGCCAGGCCAUUGGGACGUUCCCAGCUUCCUUUUCUCAUACACAUCGGUCGCAUUAUUCCCCAUUUUAUAUGCGGGAUGGAAGAUCGUGCAUAAAACUAAGAUCGUUAAGCCCACAGAAAUUGAUCUUCGACAUAAUUUGGCCCCAAUCGAGGAGUAUGAGCGAAACUACGUGCCUCAACCACCAGCGAACUGGUUUGAGAAGAUUUUACACUUUUUGUUUGGCUAA